AUGCAAGGAAAUAAUAAGAAAACAUUUCCAAUUGGAAUUGACAAAAGUAUUCUCAAUGAAGAUGAAAUUAACAAAUUGCUUAAGAUUACAAGUGAGAAAAGUUUACAAGCUAUCGCAAGAGAGACUGAAAUGUUAGCUGGAGAAGGUGGUUACGGGUCUGGUGGAGAAAUGACUAGAGGUGAUAUGAAAGUAACUAUUGAAGAAAUAGAGGACUUCUUAAAAGAAAUUUCUCCAUUCAAUGCUCCUAAAGUUACUAGGAAAGAGCUCAAAUCAUAUCUAGGCGCUUUUCCAAAGUAGUAUUCAAAUAAAGAAAUUGCAUUCUUAAUGAAUGGCUUAUAUGAAAUGGACUCUGGUUAACUAUAUGAGUUACUCUCAAGUACUUAGAUUGAAGAAUUCGAUGCUGUUGAAGAAGCAUUUAAACUACUUGAUGUCGAAAAUAAAGGCUUUUUGACAGUAGAGACUUUCAAAUAAAUCUUUAAGAACUUAAAUCUAGGAGAAAUUGCUCCAAGCGAUGAAGAUAUUUUCAAAGAAGUAGCUGAUUUCGAUGGAGAUGGUGUUAUUAAUCUUGUGGACUUUAGAAAGAUACUCACUUAUAAACCAGAAGUUAAAGAGGAUGAUUAAUAGGUUAAUCAUGGAGGAGAUGAUGAUGAGGAUUAGGAAGCUCAGCCAAUAAAGAAAUGA